UUUAUAUUUUUUUUAAGUAAUAAAAUUAAGUACCCAAAAAAAAAAUCUUGAUAAUGAUUUUGCAACAAGGCUUACCGCUUCUUUAUCAGCAGUUCACGGCGUUAUUCAAGAAGAACCUGCUGCUCUCAUGGAGGAACAAGAGAUCUACGUGUCUUCAGCUCUUCUCAUCAUUCUUCUUCAUCCUUGUCAUAUUCUGUAUCGAGGAAGCUAUGAAGGCGAGCGAGGCGUCCUCAAGUGCCUACAAGAACGUCACCGAUCCCAUGCUUUUGUUUUCGCCGCCUAUUCUUCCUUGUGAGGAUAAGUUCUUCGUGAAGCUUCCUUGCUACGACUUCGUAUGGAGCGGUAACAAUAGCCGUCGUGUGACUGACAUCGUCUCUGCAAUCAUGGCUAACAAUCCGGGGAGACCAAUUCCGACCAACAAGGUCCAAUCAUUCAAAGGGCCUGAGGAGGUAGAUGCAUGGUUUAUGUCACAUCCUUUGCAAGUCCCAGGAGCUUUGCAUUUUGCGGAAAGGAACGCUACAGUAGUCAGCUAUGGAGUUCAGACAAAUUCCUCAUCGGAAGAAAAACGUGGUCGUAUUGAAGAUCCAACAUUUAAGUUCCUUAUUCCUCUUCAAAUAGCUGCAGAGCGUGAGAUAGCAAGGUCUUUAAUUGGAGAUCCAAAGUUUGGUUGGAGUUUUGGAUUUAAAGAAUUUGCACGCCCAGCUAUUAUAGGUGAAGCUAUCUCUGCACUCAAAGUUAUGGGACCAAUCUUCUUUCUUGCCUUCUCCAUGUUUGGUUUCGUUCUCCAGCUCGGUUCUCUUGUUACCGAGAAAGAGCUAAAACUUCGUCAGGCAAUGACAAUGAUGGGAGUUUUUGAUACAGCUUAUUGGUUAUCAUGGCUCAUAUGGGAAGGACUCCUUACGUUUGUAUCAUCACUCUUCUUAGUCCUCUUUGGAAUGAUCUUCCAAUUCGAUUUUUUCUUGAAGAACAGUUUCUUUGUUGUCUUCCUACUUUUCUUGCUUUUUCAGUUUAAUAUGAUUAGCCUAGCGUUUGUGCUAUCAUCUUUCAUUAGCAAAUCAUCUUCAGCUACAACUGUUGGUUUCCUUGUGUUUCUCAUUAGCUUUAUCUUACAGAUUGUAUCAGCUACUGGAUUCCCUUACUCCAGCGCUUAUUCUGCUUCUCGCCGAGCGAUUUGGUCACUCUUCCCACCCAACACUUUUUCUGCGGGCCUUAAGCUUCUUCUUGAUGCAACUUCAACUCCAGAAAGUUCUGGAAUUAGCUGGAGUGAAAGAGCUGUAUGCGAAGGGGGCAUGUCAACUUGUGUAAUUUCAGUUGAUAUUAUCUACCAAUGGCAAGUCGGAUCGUUCCUUUUCUGGUUUGUUCUCGCCAUGUACUUUGACAAUAUUAUUCCCAACGCGUCAGGUGUAAGAAAACCCAUCUUCUAUUUUUUAACACCUGGUUACUGGACUGGCAAAGGAGGCAAUAAAAUGGAAGAAGGUAGCAUUUUUAGCUGUAUCGGUUCAGUUCCACCCGUAGAGCAUGUAGCGUCAGAGGACCAGGAUGUGCUUGAAGAGGAGACACUAGUUAAGCAACAAGCAAUGGAUGGAAUAGUUGAUCCUAACAUUGCAGUUCAGAUUCAUGGUCUUGCUAAGACGUAUCCUGGAACUACAAAGCUUGGUUGUUGUAAAUGCACCAAAACAUCUCCUUUUCAUGCUGUAAAGGGUUUGUGGAUGAAUAUAGCCAAAGACCAGUUGUUUUGUAUGCUUGGACCCAAUGGUGCAGGGAAGACAACUUCUAUCAGCUGUUUGACUGGCAUAAAUCCAAUUACUGGUGGGGAUGCUCUUAUCUAUGGAGAUUCCGUAAGAAGCUCUGUUGGUAUGUCUAACAUUCGUAAAAUGAUAGGAGUGUGUCCUCAGUUUGAUAUCCUUUGGGAUGCUUUAUCAAGUGAAGAACACCUCCACCUCUUUGCUAGCAUCAAAGGCUUGCCACCGCCAUCGAUCAACUCGACCGCUGAGAAGUUACUGGCGGAUGUAAAACUGACAGGAGCGGCCAAAGUUAGAGCAGGAAGUUACAGUGGUGGAAUGAAACGUAGACUCAGUGUUGCAGUUGCACUCAUUGGUGAUCCCAAGCUGGUCUUCCUAGAUGAACCGACAACUGGCAUGGACCCUAUCACGAGGAGACAUGUGUGGGACAUUAUACAAGAGUCAAAGAAAGGUCGUGCCAUCAUACUGACCACGCAUUCCAUGGAGGAAGCUGAUAUUUUAAGUGACCGAAUAGGGAUCAUGGCUAAGGGCAGGCUCCGGUGCAUUGGGACUUCAAUCAGAUUAAAAUCCCGCUUCGGAACUGGUUUUGUUGCUACCGUUAGCUUCACUGAAAGCAAAAAGGACAAUAGCAAUGCUUCUGGAGAUUCGCAUGAGCCAGUGAAGAGAUUCUUUAACGAGCAUUUGAAAGUUGAGCCAGCAGAUGAAAACAAGGCUUUCAUGACUUUUGUUAUCCCCCACGACAAAGAGAAACUGCUUACGGGUUUUUUUGAAGAGUUAGAAAACAGAGAAUCUGAGUUUGGAAUCUCGGACAUACAGCUCGGGCUUGCAACUCUUGAAGAAGUGUUUCUGAACAUCGCUAGACGGGCUGAACUGGAAAAUGCAACUACUGAAGGGAUCAUGGUCACUCUUGAUUUAGUAUCUGGCAUCUCACUAGAGAUACCUGUGGGAGCCAGAUUUGUUGGGAUCCCUGAUACAGAAAGCGCAGAGAAUCCAAGUGGGGUAAUGGUUGAAGUCUACUGGCAACAAGACGGGUCGGGAUCGAUGUGCAUCACGGGACAUUCAUCGGAGAUGCGGGUCCCACAGAAUGUUUUGGUGACACGUCCACCAUCUCCAAAUGCAUUAGGACAUAAAGGGCUACGCCAAGCGGUUCGGGGUAUUGUCAUCGAUUUAUGAAUCUAACAGAUGAUGUGUUUGCUUUGGAAUCAUGUACAAAGAGUGGAUCGUUCUUUUCUUGUAGAGAUUAUAAAGUUGUAGCAAUAUCACAUUAUGUUUUGUGUUUGUUCAAUGUGACAAAAGUAAGCGCACAUACAUGUUUUUUUUGAACUAUUUAUUCAACCAAUUUUUUUUUACAAGCGCACAUACAUGUUUCAGACAUGUUCGUGAUUGACUUAGUUGCUGACAUGUAAUCAACUUUUUUAUGAUUGGUUUUCUUUCUUCCCAACGAUAUAUAACUUACUUUUCAACUUUUUAUUUGUUAGAUACCCUCCCUUUUCCACCAUUGGAGGUGCUCUAGUGAAUUCAAACUUAAAUAAAUUAAAGAGAAAUAAAUUACUAAAAAGAGUAUUCUAACACAAACAUGAUUUCUCAAGUUCUUUUAUUAUUUAGAAGACCAUUUUCUUAAAUAUUUACAAAAAAUAUAUGACCAUAAUUUCCCGUCAUAAAUAUCAUUACAAUCUUUUUUAGAAAAAUAUGGUGGAUUAUAUGCAACUACUAGCUUCCUUUAUGGUAGUCAAACCUUUUUUACUCUUAAAUUAGAAUGUUAUCGUCCGAGUAAUUCCCCUAAGUUUUUUCCUUUAACUACAUAUAUCUACUGUUGGACUCAAUUCCGGUCAAUACGUUAAUGGGCUCCGAUCAAAGUUAUAGGCCGAAAGGAACCAAUGUCUGUGGCAAGCAAUCGAGCUCGAAAGCUAAGAAGUCGAGGCCCCGGAGAUCGCGGAGCAGUUACGGAGGUCGCGGAGCAGCUACAUACGGAGAUCACGAAGUCGACUCAUUAUAAAGGAAGGAGAAGGGACAUGAAGAAAGGCACGUUGAAACCCCUAAAGAGAGCUACACAUUAACAUCGAUCUUGUUUUCUUCCCGAUCUUAGACUCUUUCUUUAGGGAUCUCAUUUGUAUCAUUCGAUCUAGUUCACCUCAUUGUAUUCGAUCUUAUUCAUCAAUAAAGUCAAUUUUUGUCUAUUGGAAACUGUUUGAACAUCAUUGUGCUCUAAAGAUAUUGUUGCCUACAUCAUUUGUCUUCCCUAGAUCAAACUCCGAUCACUAUCAAAUACUUAGUGUAGAUUUUAGAUUCUACAUCUGCUACUAUUUACAUCAUAGUUUGAUCAUUGUCCAGUUUAGGAUCUCACUGUUAAAAAAAGUAAACAAAAUCAUGUGGUUCUCCUAUAUAUAAGGAACAUUUUGUAAACAUGUUGAUUGUUCAUUUUAAGGGCAGUGUAUCAAUCUGAUCUAAUGUCCUUACUAAAUAUAGUGAGACGAAGAAAGUGACCACGUCUAUAAAAGUAGACCCAGAGAAGAGCGAAUAGCCAUAGAAAUUUUAGCAAAUUUCUUUUUCCAUUCUUCCAUGACCAUGAAUCUAUAGAAGUUUAUAGACAAUUUCAUUCACUUUAAUAGUUAAAUUUAGACUUUUAAACAUAUAUAUAAAUUCACUUCUCACAAUAAAAACACAAUCACUCAAAAAUAAAAACAAAAACAAAA